GUGUGAAAGUGCACGUUCUUGGUAUCGGCAAUGCCCAUUGCGCUGCCGAUGACCCACGCUGGAUUGAGUGGGACUGCAUCUGUGCUUGACGACUGCACACAUACGUAGAGCUUUGGCUUCGCUCUUGUGUCAUGCCGCCAUCUAUGAGACCACGGCAGUGUUCGAUCUUCUUUUCCAUCCUAUCCACUCCAUGAAAGAACGCCAGGAUGCCGCAGAGGCGGCUGUCUUUGACCAAACCAACAUCUUACCUAAAAAGCAGAUGCUGACAGUCUUCGGUGCUCUGGCAGUCUCGCUAUUCAUAUCUUUCGUUGACCAAAAUGGCAUUGGAGUGGCUCUGCCGACGAUAGGAGAGGAGCUCCAUGCUCAGGCCACGAUCAGCUGGGCAGGUACGAGCGCCUUGAUUGCAAACACCAUCUUCCAAGUGCUUUAUGGACGCCUCUCGGACUUAUUUGGUAGAAAAGCUGUUUUUUUGUCAGCGUUGGCGCUACUCGCAGUUAGUGAAUUGCUCUGUGGGUUCGCCCAGAAUGCCACCAUGCUUUACAUCUUUCGAGGUUUUGCCGGUGUCGCAAACGGCGGAGUGACUUCCUUGUCGAUGAUGAUCGUCUCUGAUAUAAUCACACUGAAAGAACGAGGCAAAUACCAAGGCAUUCUUGGCUCCUGCGUUGGAGGAGGCAAUAUGGCUGGGCCGUUUAUCGCCGCAGCUUUCAUUGAAAAGUCUACGUGGAGAGGGCUCUUCUGGCUUGUGAGCCCACUUGCCGCUUCUUGUGGCAUUCUCUGUUUCUUCAUUCUGCCGACUCCGAAAGACGCUCCUCGAUUGAAGCUCAAAGCUGUUUCACGACAAAUCGAUUACCUAGGAAUAAUGACAGGAGCUGCCGCGAUCAUACUGCUGCUGAUUCCGAUAUCUGGAGGUGGCACGUAUUUCAGAUGGGAAUCACCUAUGGUUAUAUCCAUGCUUGCUGUAGGCGGCGGCUGUUUAUUGGCAUUUCUGUUUGUAGAAUACAGUGUUGCGCUUUUGCCAAUGAUGCCUCUAUCACUAUUCAGGAAUGUACCAGUAUGCGUCAUGUUGGUCCAAAACUUCCUUUUUGGCGUCGUAUACUACUCCCAACUGUAUUAUCUGCCUCUGUUCUUCCAAAAUGCCCGCCGACUAUCGGCCUUAACAUCGGCCACACUUUUACUGCCGUUAACUGGCGCCCAAAUGGUGGCCUCAAUUCUUGGAGGCCAAUAUAUUUCUCGGACAGAACGGUAUGGAGAGGUGAUUUGGUCAGGCUUCACCCUCUGGACGUUGGGUGUUGGUCUGACCUGCUCAUUCAACCUCGAAACUCCAAUUCACACCAUGGCCUUAAUCCUGCUCGUCCAAGGCGUUGGUGUUGGGUUCAUUUUCCAACCCACAUUAGUGGCUUUACAGGCACAUUGCACAAAGGCGCAAAGAGCCGUGGUCAUCUCAAAUCGAAACUUCUUGCGCAGUCUCGGCGGAGCUGUCGGUCUUGCGAUCUCUGGUGCCGCCUUGCAGAAUGCGCUCACCAAAGCUAUACCUCCGAAGUUCGCAGCACUCGCCACAUCGUCCUAUAGUACUCCCAACUUGGAUGUGCUGGGCGCUACUCCUGCUGAGGUACGGAGUAUUCUCGAAGCAUACGCACGGGCUAGUAGAACCGUAUUCAUCAUGAAUGUACCGUUCAUGGGAGCAUGCCUUCUGGGAUGCUUGCUCAUCCGGGACCGAGGCUUGCGUCGCGCAGAUGAAGUAGAACAGGCAAACACACCCGUCCAAACAACUGAGGUUGGACUUAGACGUUACGUCGACGACAGUCUCAAAAGCUCACGAGAUACUAUCGCUCGAGACGACCGCGCUGUCGCUUCGGUUGAGAACAUAGUCAAAACUAGAUAGCUCAUGAAUUCAUCACGAUAGGGCUGUACAAUGAAAGUCACAGGUUCUUUUGUUUAAUGAAA